CACACUCUUCACUUCAUCUGUCUCAUCUUCCUUUGCACUGAAGCGUGAAGCGAUGGUCGCCAGGGUCAGCAUGGCUUCCGUGACCCAGAUAUGGGCGUCCUUGGCCGUGUUCACGGCUCUAGCUUUCCUCCUCCACCCCUGCGCAUCAGCCACACACUCUUCACUUCAUCUGUCUCAUCUUCCUUUGCACUGAAGCGUGAAGCGAUGGUCGCCAGGGUCAGCAUGGCUUCCGUGACCCAGAUAUGGGCGUCCUUGGCCGUGUUCACGGCUCUAGCUUUCCUCCUCCACCCCUGCGCAUCAGUCGAGCUCCACCGCAAGCUCUCCGGCUGGUCCAACGGCGGCGCCACGUGGUACGGCGCCUCCAGCGGCGCAGGGAGCGACGGUGGUGCGUGCGGGUACCAGGACGCCGUCGGCCAGCAGCCGUUCUCCUCCAUGAUCGCCGCGGGUAGCCCGUCCAUCUACCAGGAUGGCAAGGGCUGCGGUUCUUGCUACCAGGUGAAAUGCACCGGUCACAAGUCUUGCUCCGCCAAUCCGGUGACCGUCGUCCUGACCGACGAGUGCCCUGACGGGACGUGCCUGGAAGAACCCGUCCACUUCGACCUGAGCGGGACGGCGUUCGGUGCCAUGGCCAAGCCUGGCCAGGCCGACCAGCUCCGCGCCGCCGGCCGCCUCCAGAUCCAGUAUACUCGGGUCCCGUGCAACUGGCGGGGCACGGACAUAGCCUUCAAGGUGGACGCCGGCUCCAACUCGUACUACCUCGCCAUGCUCAUCGAGGACGAGUCCGGCGACGGCGACCUGUCGGCGGUCGACCUCAAGCAGAGCGGCGCCGGCGCCGGCGGGUGGGCGCCGAUGGCGCGCUCGUGGGGCGCGGUCUGGAGGUUCAACUCCGGGCCCAUGUUGCAGCCGCCCUUCUCGGUCCGGCUCACGUCCGGCUCCGGCAAGACUCUCGUGGCCGACAACGUCAUCCCCGCCGGCUGGAAGCCCGGCGGCACAUACCAUUCCGUGGUGAACUACUGAUAAACUAGCUAGCUACUCGUGAUUGCACACAUAAAAGGCAAGCACGCCCGCGCUCGCCGCUGGUUUACAUAGGCGUGGCGCUGCAGGCUUAGUUAUUUGGAGCUAUGGGCGUGGAUAUUAUAUGUGUGUGUAAUCACCAGUUAGUAUCGCGUGUGUCACAAGUGUUUGUGCGCAGCAUCGUUGGUGCGGUAAUUGCGCGGAGUGUGUUCUGUGUCAGUUUGCGUGGAGUACUAUGAAAUAAAACUGGGAGUAAGGACGAGAGGCGCAACGCUAGCUUCGGUCCUUCCCCCUUGCUCUUUCA